UAUGCCGCCGCAGGAACUUCAACUCUCACUCCCUCACCGACCGAUUUUCACGACCAGUCCUCUCUCGCUCCAAGUCUCCAAUAGAGAUGGCGACGGAUGAAAUCACGCAGCUGGGUGCCAAUGAAAGAGGAGGAGGACAAGAACAACAAGAGCGAGGUGCUGGAGGCAAGGUCAGGCGACUGCUGCCCAGGAAACCUCCCGCAACUCCUUAUUCGCGUCCACCGGAGUCCUCUCGCCGCCGUUGGAUUUCGAAACUGGUGGAUCCUGCUUGCCGUCUCAUUGCUGGUCAAGCUACUCGGAUUUUCCCUUCCUUCUUCUCCAAAACCUCCUUUACCCCUGCUCUUCCUGCCCCUACUAGUGCCACCGAGGAUCAAGGUAAGUGGCUGACAGGUAAAGAAAGUCAUAGGGAUGACAGGCAGAAAGGUGACUUACAUGAUGGGACAUUCAAAUCAGCUGAAACAGAAAGUACUGGUGAAAUAGAUAAUAAACUGAGGAGCAGUUCUGGUUUUAUUCUGCAUGGACAGGAUGAAAAUGGGGAGCAUUCUGAAAAUAACCUAUCUGAAAUUGAGCAGCUGGUGAAGGGGAAAAGAUUUUCUAGAGAUGAGAUUCAUCGUUUGAUGGAGAUAAUAAAAUCGAGGGCAGGUGAUCUUCCUAAUGCUGUACAAGGAGAGGAAAAUGUUAGUCUGACUGUUAGAAAUGACAACAAAGAUCUUAUACUGUCACAUGAUAUUCCAAAAAUGUCAAACGAACAAAGGCAUGAAGACUUGAGUGGAGCUUUAUGGGGAAGCUCAACACCUCUUGAAAGGUCAAAUGUCCAAGAUGAUAUUGGUGCCUCACCAAUUGAGAUUGCAAAGGCUUAUAUGGGUUCCCGUGCUUUUGAAGCAGGCCCCAGUUCUAAGAGCACAGUCCACACUGUUGAAAGCAGUGUGCUACAUGGCAAUGAAGCUGCUAUAAAGCCAUAUGUUCCAUCACUUACGCCAAAGACAUCAGCAUGUUGGCCAGGUGCUGUGGUACAAGAUUCUUUCACAACACCACGAAGCCAAACUAGGGGAUAUGGGCUUCAUAACUUCCCCAGGACGCCUUAUUCUAGAACCAUUUUAUCUAAAUCCAAGUCCAGGUCGAUUCAUAUGCAAGGCAAUUACAGUCAUAUGUCAUCAACUCCCCUCCAUCAAUCGCAGACUAUGUAUCUGCAGGAUAAAUCUAGAGGCGAUGCAUUAGAGGGUGGCUAUGGAUCUGUUGGACCCAUUCGUCGAAUUAGGCACAAGACUGGUGUAGAGUCUUCUUCAAGAAGGCCGGCUUACACGCCUUCACCUCUGAAUGUCUCUGGACAGAAAGAAAGUUCAGAUGUUCGUGAAGGUUUCUUGCCUGCUUUUACAAAGAGUUUGGAACCUGACAAGACUGGAUAUACUCAUAAAUUCCACUCAUUAGAUAACAAGCCAGAGGGCAGUGGGGUUGCUCUUCCAACGGUACACAUGCAUACCAGUUUGAUGGCUAGGAGAAUAUUGGAGCAUAUAGAUAGAAAUCCUCCCACUCCCCAACAGAAGUCUGCAGAGCUGAAGCUGGCUACUAAAUGGAAGAAUCCGGAGUCUUCUGAUAAUGUCAAUGGUGUCUUGUCAAAUGAAAAUAAUGGCCUUCUGAAAUUAAAACAAGCCGAUCCAUAUAAACAUGAUGGGUGUGAUGGAAAAAAAUCUAUUCUAAAUGAAAAUCAAGGGAACUCCCAUGCUGAUAGGGAGAGUGCUGACAAAUCUAUCAAUGUCAACAAUGCAAUGGCUUUGCCAUCUGGAAUCAAUGCUGACAAUAGCUUCCUAAAAAUUGGAAAUGAUACAAGGUCCUUGCAAGAUGCUAAUGGUGCUAAAAAAUUUUCAGUGAAGUCUACUGAAGAGGAUGCAUUGAAGAUUUUCACAUCUGGUGAUCAGCCUAGUGUGAAUACUCAAGAGAAGAUACCUCUCUACAACUCUUCAGUUAGCAAACCAGUAUUACCAUCUAUUUACGUCAACAAGCCUGAGUCAAAAUGGACCUUGACAUCAGAUAAGAGCUCAGGAUUUACCUUCCCUGUUUCUGCCUCCUCUUCUGUAUUCUCGGAGCCACCCACACCAUCCAUCCUGCCAUCGUUCUCCGCGGGGGGUCAGCACCAAUCAACAGAAGUUUCAACGGAACCAUCAUAUAGUUUUGGAUCAAAAAGAUCCAGUCUAGUGUUUUCUUUCCCUUCUACAAGUAGUACAGCUGUCCAGAAUGAUGCUGGUGACGUAAAGUUCAGCUUUGGAUCCAAUGACAAGGCUAGGCUAUCAUUCAGUUCCUUUGGUAAAAACGCUAUCUGCUAUUGACUGAAACGAGGAAGUUUAGACUUCAGAAGUUUUCCUGUCGAUUUUUGUUUCCCUCUGGCUAAUAGUUUUUUUUAGCUCUUGUUGUCCAUCCUCAGUCAUUUGUACAGGCACACUGCUUUUGUUUUGCGAGUGAAGAUACGAGGGAAUUAAAAAUUAAGUCUUUUUUAAGGAUAACAAUUCAGUCUCUCUUUUUUGUCUUUUCCACUUUAUAUUUCGGCCUCCGGGGCUCGUAGGAAGACUGCAAAAUAUUGACAAGCAGAUUAUUUCUUUUUACGUCUGGAGCGGUAUUUUUUGUCUUGGAAUGCACACCUGACUUACCUGCAAUCUGUACCAGGGACCUUGGAUUUGAACCGAGGAUUCCAAAGCAGGUCGUCCACUAGGAAAUCAUUUACUAGUCAUUUAGUUCGUUGUAAUUUGUGGCCCAGGCUGAACAGAGAAUAAAAUAGAGAGCUGAGGUUAUGCUCAUAUAUCAGGAAUGAGCCAGCCGUUUUGGAGUUUACUAAAAAUGCGUAUAAGCAUCGUAUUACCAACUUUAAAUGGGUUUUCCGUGAGCGGCUUGUAAUGAGCGUCGGCUUUUACGAAAGUAAAGCCGAAGCAACUGAAUCCAUCUGUCUCGUUGGACCGAACAACCAAUCUUUGCCUUAUCCUCAA